AUGGCAGUUAAAGAUUGUGAUAUGGAUACUCUUUUGUCUUUGCAUAGGCGUGGAUUGAUCUAUUUCGAUGUACCUGUCUCCGAAAGUGAUCGCAUAUCCGUUCCUACUCUUGAUGGGUUUGUCAUGAACCGGAUAACUGGCGACAGCUGUGAGACUUUGUUGUACAAAAUAUUUGUUUCUGUUGAUGAAAGAACUACUGUCUCUGAGCUUGCUUCUGAUCUACUAGUUAAUAUCGAUCUCGUACGUCAGGCUAUUUCAGUUUUCCUUCGCUUAGGCUUUGCGUGUAAACGUAAUUCUCAAUCGAUUGAUUCCGAGCUUAAUGCAAUUUCAACAGAUGGCUUGGGAAACCCUUUGCAAAUGGAAACUGAAGACUUAUCUAAAAAAAAAAUUGCCAUACUUUUUGAUUCUACUCUUGCAGCCUACCUAAUGAUGGGUAACCUUUCAUCAGGCUUAAAACGCCAUGCUGUCACCAUGUUUGAAGUUGGAAAACUCACGGAUGAAAAUUUGGAAUCGUUUCUUACUGAACUAGACAACUUGACCGAUGUCGGCGAAGGAGAAGCCCAAAUAUACUACGAACAUGCUGUCAAUCUGCGGGCCAUGCUUCGGUUUUUCCGUCACCUCUUAUCAAACUCCGGCAGUAAUAAUAUGUUCAAUGGUCUAGACCUCCUUAGAUGUGGCUCAUUGCUUAGUUUGGAACCGGAAACCCGCCUGAGAAUCUUAAAAAAAAACUAUGGUCUUUUGAUAAGUCUUGCGCCAAUUACUUAUGAAGACCAGCAAGCAGCCAACUACCAAUGGCCUCCUCACUUUGGUCCACCCAUUCCAGAAGCAAAUUCUCCUUGGUUCAGACUUUUUAUAGCCUACUUAGCUUUUGAAAGAAGAUCGAAUUUCAUGGAUAUACCUCCUUGCCUCAUAUUGUCACGUGGCUCUCGAUUAAAUACUAUCCCAACAUGUAUGUUGCCAUACUCGUUGUUUAGCUUCAUCGCUUGGGGGCAUGAUCCUACUAUUAUUGAAUCGGCGAACCUGCUAUCUGUAGUCAAUGAUGCUUUGGUUGCUUCUCCCGUUUUUAUCCAGGUAUCUGGUAGCUUCCGAUUAGAGUCUUCAUAUUUUUUCUACCUAAUAGUAUCGAUUAUUGUUAUAUGCUUUUCUGACAAUGUAUGA